AUGGAGAUCCCAGAGGAGGCAAUCAGUCAAGGGGAUGGGAGCGCAGAAACAGGAUACCUCUCAUUGCCAUCUUACCUAGAGCAGGUGGCCCUUGCGAACCCUGGUUCCGUUGUUGCUUUAGAGACGACGCCGGGCCCUGAUGGUGCUCAGCGUUUCAAAUACAUGUUCCUAGCAUUCGGGGCAAGUGUGCAGGGAUUUCAGUAUAUGAGGAAGGUCGUGAUAAUAGAUGGUACGCACCUGAAUGGGAAGUAUGCGGGCUGUCUCCUAACAGCAAGCGCAAAGGACGGUAAUUACCAGAUAUUCCCUCUAGGGUUUGGGAUAGUUGAAAGUGAGAAUGAUCAGUCGUGGAGUUGGUUCUUCACCAACCUCAAACAAUUAGUACCCGAUGCUGAGGAUCUGGUGUUCGUUUCAGAUCGCCACACAGCUAUUUACAGUGGCAUCAGAAGGAUUUAUCCUCAAGCAAGGCACUGUGCUUGCCUGAUGCAUCUCCAGCGAAAUGUGCAGACCAUAUUCAAGAAGAAACACCUCCUAUACCUGAUAUCGAGAGCAGCUAGCGCUUACCGUAUAGAGGACUUCUGCAUACACUUCAACAAGAUAAUGGUGGUCGACAUUGCGUGUGCUGACUACUUGAUAAGGAUUGGUCUUGAGCAUUGGGCAAGGUCGCACUUCCCAGGGGCUAGGUACAAUAUAAUGACCAGCAACCUUACCGAGUCCCUCAACUCUGCUCUAGCAAGUGCCAUAGAGUUUCUUAUAGUCGCACUGGUUGAGUACAUUCGUACUAUGCUGAUGGGGUGGUUUUCCUCAAGACGUGCCGCAGCAAAUUCAACAGUUACCCCGUUAACUCCAAGGGUAUCUGCUAACUUGGCUCGUAGCUUCUCGGUCUCUACUGGAUAUGGGGUUAGGCAUAUCAUAAAUGCAGAGUAG